GCACAUGAACAGCUUUUAAUAUAAAUUUGCAAAUCCCUCCUUCUUCCUUCUUCAAUCUUCAUCAUCAAUCACCAUUACUCCUCCACGGACCUAUUUUGAUUAGACAUGUCGACGGCGAAACGUUACUUUUCCGGCAACGGCAACGGCAAAGCGCCUGUGGAGAAAUCGAAGUUUGUGCAGACUUGCAACCGGUUGAGUCUGUUUCUGAAAGAAAACGGCAAUCAGUUCCGAGAUCUUAGUUUCGGAAUCAAUGCAAAGUUCGAUGCUUCAGAAACUACGACUGUUGAUUUGUUGAGCAACAUGAAAUAUCCCGGUGAGAAGGCCUUGAACUUGAAUGUGGAGAAAUCGGAGAAGAUGUUGCCUCAGUUUGUGAUCUUAGAUUCCUCAUGUGAUGUAGAAGAUUCAAAAAACAAAGCUACAGAGCCUAAAGCCUCACAGAUGACGAUUUUCUAUGGAGGAAAUAUAUUGGUUUUAGAUGAUGUUCCGGAAGAUAAAGCGAGAGAUCUAAUGCUAAUGGCGCAGAAGGGUUCUCCUAAAAUCGAGAACCGAAUUGAAUUGGCUUCCAUUUCAAAACCUUCUUCUGAUGAUCAUGUUUUCCGAUCACCACCACCACCGAUUCAUGCAGAGCUGCAAACCAAAGGUUCGGAUUUGCCAAUUGCAAGACGAGCAUCGCUGCACAAGUUCUUGGCGAAGAGGAAAGACAGAGCCACCGUGCGAGCGCCGUAUCAAUCUCCGGGGGGGUCAUUUUCCGGUAACGACCAUCGUUUUGAUCUCAAUUUCUAACUUGGAAGUUGGAAGCCAUAACCACCGGCUUUUUCGAAUGCCUUGAAGCUAAUGUGAAACAGAGUUUGACUACACUACCAUAUUGAAUGUUGUGAUUGGAUCAGAAUGUGACACGUUGAUCUAUUAGAGGGAUUUUAAUGUAUAGAUAUUUUAGAUUAGAUUCGUUUGGGUUUUAAGAUUUUUCUAUUUUUUAUGAUUUAGUAUUUUUAGCUCGUGUGUUUUCUUACAAUCAAAGGAUCAAUCAUCAAAUUAUC